GCGCACGCGCGCUGAGGGCAUUCUUUCGCUGGUUGUCUCCCUGAGCAGCCAUGGGGAAGGUGAAUGUGGCCAAGCUGCGCUACCUGACGCGGGACGACUUCAGGGUUCUGACCGCGGUUGAAAUGGGCAUGAAGAACCAUGAAAUAGUUCCUUGCAGUUUGAUCGCCUCCAUAGCCAGCCUUAAACAUGGUGGUUGUAAUAAGAUUUUGAGAGAACUGGCAAAACAUAAACUCUUAGCUUAUGAACGAACUAAAACUGUCCAAGGGUAUCGGUUAACAAAUGGAGGUUAUGAUUACCUUGCUUUGAAAGCACUUUCUUCAAGACAGGUUGUUGAUUCUGUUGGAAACCAGAUGGGAGUUGGCAAAGAAUCAGAUAUUUACAUUGUUGCAAAUGAAGAGGAGAAACAGUUUGCACUAAAGCUUCACAGACUAGGAAGGACUUCAUUCCGUAAUUUGAAAAACAAACGUGAUUACCACAAGCACAGACAUAAUAUGUCAUGGCUUUAUUUAUCCCGUUUGUCUGCCAUGAAGGAAUUUGCCUAUAUGAAGGCACUCUAUGAAAGGAAAUUUCCAGUUCCAAAACCAAUUGAUUAUAAUCGACAUGCCGUAGUCAUGGAACUCAUAGAUGGUUACCCUUUGUGCCAGGUACAUCACAUUGAAGAUCCUGCAGCAGUAUAUAAUGAAGCCAUGGAAUUAAUUAUUAAACUUGCUAAUCAUGGAUUAAUUCAUGGUGAUUUCAAUGAAUUCAAUCUAAUGUUGGAUAAAGAUGACCACAUAACCAUGAUUGACUUCCCACAAAUGGUCUCUACAUCUCAUCCAAAUGCUGAAUGGUACUUUGACAGAGACGUUAAAUGCAUUCGAGAUUUCUUCAUAAGACGUUUCAGUUAUGAAAGUGAACUUUUUCCAACCUUUGGUGAUAUCAGGAAGGAGGACUCUCUUGAUAUAGAAAUUUCUGCCAGUGGAUAUACAAAGGAAAUGCAGGAGGAUGAUGAACUACUUCAUCCACUGGGUCCUGAUGAUGAUGAAAGUCUUGAAAUAGAUGAAGUAUCUGAAUAUCCUUCAUCACUUGAAGAACUGAGAGAGAAGGCAAAGACAUCUAAGUUGGAAAAUGGAAGAAACUUCAUAGAUAAAUCAGAUGAUGAUUGUAAAACGAACUCUUCUGAAGACCUGGUACAAAGGAAUACAGGCAUACUGUCUGAGGAUGAGAAUAGUGCACGGUGUUUUGAAAUGACUGAAUUCAGUCAUUCAUUAGGAGAAAUUCAGAGAGAGAUUGUCGAAGGAAAAAAGAGUUGCAUAAAGCAUUCUGCAAUUGAUUUUCAUGGGGAGGAAAACAGCACUGAAGAUAUCACCAAGGGAGAAGAACAGAUGCAUCAAGGAGAAAUUCCUGCUGAUUGUCAGGAAUAUGAAGAUGAAUGCCCUGAUCUGGUUAACUUGUCAGCAUUAAACAAAGAACUGAGGCCUUUCAGGGAUGAAAACAUGGAACAAAUUAAUCUUCAUAGAACAAGAACUGAGAGUGUUACUUCUGCAGGCAGUAUUGUAAGCUGCUCCACAAUUCCUCCGGAACUGGUGAAACAGAAGGUGAAACGUCAGCUGACCAAACAACAAAAAGCUGUAGUGAGACGACGGUUACAGAAGGGAGAGGCAAAUAUUUAUACCAAGCAAAGGAGAGAAAAUGCCUACAACAUUAAGUCAAGCUUGGAAGCAGCUAGUUUUUGGGGAUAAUUAUUGGAACUUUUUUCUGAAAGUGUAGUUUAUAAUAUAUUGUGGGGGAAAGUGUGUUAUCUUGAAGAUUCUAUUUUUCUGUAAUUUGGGUUAUAUAAAUGUGUGCACAUGUAUAGCUGGCCACUGCCUUUUCUAAUAGGAAACUCGAUUUUGAAGUAAUUGAUUUUUUCAGGAAAACACUUACAAAAUAUUUUUGCUAGUUUAAUGAAUGGAAACUUUCUGAAAGUCAUUUGGAACAAUAUUACAUAUGCCGAAUUGUCAUAUUUGAUCCUUUGGUAACUAGAGCAUUUCAGUCCUGUGGAAAUUGGACAAAGAAAAUAUAGUCUAAAUUCCCAAUGGAGAUAUGCCCUUAGAGUAAUAGAAUCACUCACUCUGAAUUCAGAGUUAAAUUCAUGUAGUCUGACCUGGGCCUUUACAGUAUCCCCAACGGGUCAGUUAACCUCUACUUGGAGCCUACAAAGAAGUUCUGACAUAGCCACAGAAACUUCUCAAGUUAAUAUGUUUCUUUGAAGUUGUUUGCAGUUAUAACCUUCCAUACAAGUAUUAACCAGGAAGAAGAGACAGUAAAAGUUAAACUACAGUGGGACAAGGACCAUGUCUGUAACUCAUAUGACUAAUACCUAGUAUAAACUAUAUCAUUAACACCUGUUUAUUGAGUGCAUCUAUUCAAAGGCAGCAUUGGGCAUUUUAUAGUGUGAUUUUAAGUGGAAAUAUCAAGCAACAAACACCUACUUCAUGUGUGGCACCAUGCUAGGCACUGAGGAUUAUUGAGGAGAGAAGUCAUUGUGGAGAAAGGCUCACCUUCCUCAUCACUUCCACCAACAUCUGGCCAGCUGCCACCAAUAUGUGGAUUCCACAGGAGCCCUGGGAGUGGCAGCACCCCCUUAUACCAACAGUCCUGGAAUUCCAGCCCUUCCCUUACUGCCACCAUUCAGGUAAACAACCAUGUAGAGGGGACCAACCAUUCUCACCAACAACCACUCACAGGGCAGGUGAGCCAGCUUACUCGGGGCAACAACAUACCUUGGGAAACCCAAGCGUGUGCAGACAAGUCAAACCACCACCACCUUAGCUAUCAUCUCCAAGUGGACCCUGAUAGUCACAGCCUAAGAACCUGAAGUCUGAGAAAAAAAGUUCUUGUCUGCAAAGUCCUCAGCACUGGCAAAUGGUUCAACAUCCAAAACUGAUGUUUUUAUCAGUGGAAGUGACAUUUAAAAAGAGACAUUACCAUCUGUUGGGGCCUUUCAAUCUGACUUACAGCUGAAAAAAAACCCUAUUAUGUGUUAAAUGUAUCUGCCAUUAGAAUGUGACCUCCCUCCUUGAGAGCAGGAACAGUCUUUUCUCUUUGUAUCUCCAGAGCUUAAUACAGAGUUUUGUACGUAUGAGUACUUCAUUCAUACAAAGUCCUAGGAAAGAAAUAAUCCCUGUAAGCAUGUGGAUAGAUGUUAAAUUAAAUACAUUUGAAUUUGAUGACCUACGUUGCCAUCAUAGGAGCUGCCAACAAAAAAAAAAAACCGCGAAAUGACAGUAUCACUUAGUUUCUUUAAUUGCUGACAAGAGAAUUUCAUGACAAAAUUGCUAGCAGAAGCAAAAAGUUUAGUCGUAAUCCAGAUUAAAGUAAAUAUUUUUUUAAAAUAUGUAAUCCAAGAGAGAAAAUAAACUAAAUGUGGCCUCAUGCUUCCUGACUUUGUUAGUUUAACUACCAGACCCUGAACUGACUCAGUUAAAGUUGAGUACCCACUUUGUAUGAGGCCCUCUACUAGUGCUAGGCAUUGUUGGAAGUUAGAGAUUUAAGUGGAAAACAAUUGUUACUUUAAAGAUGCUUAAUUGAAUAGAGGAGAUUAGAUAUAACACAUCUAGUAGCAAACAUGAGACAACACUGACCAGUUGUAUCUUCUAUAAGUACUAAUUUUGGUGGGAAAUUUGACCCUCUCUUUUGUUUGGUCAUAAAAUGUAUUUCCUUGGCAUCUGAGGUCCAGAUUGUCAUAUGUUACAUGUGGUACAUAGGCCCAGGUUACCGUUUACUUACCAAGUUCUUGGCUUGAGCCCUAUCUAGAGUCCUGAGAAAUUCACCCAGCUGGAUAAUGAAAACACAAUCGACACCAUGUAAAAAAAACUAGCCAUAUAUGGUCAGAGUGAUGUGAUAGUGCCCCACGCUGCCAGGUUCUGCAGUUCCUCAAAGAAUUCCUCAAAGUGCUCCAUAGCACUUGUGCUCACCCUUGCCAAGGAUACACCCAUAAGAACUGCUUGCCUUUCUCACUUAUUUUCACAAUACAUCCAAGUAAGUUUUAUGAGGGCAGGUGUAGAGGGCCAGCUCUGAGAAAGUCCAUUCUGGGAUAAGAUACAGGCCAGGUUUUCCCUGAAGCCUGUUCUUGCCCUUGGGCUGAUAACUUAGCACGUGGGCUCUCCAAACCACCCCCCUACCCUGCCUCAGCACAUGCGUGCUCUCUCCAAAGCUCCCUCGGCACAAACAUGCUACCCAGGAUGUAGGCUCUCCAAGCCCCCUCGGCAUGCACAUGCUCUCCAAAACCCCCAUGGCACAUAUGCUAAGCACCUCCUGUGAGCUAAUUAACAUGAUAUUGUUAUGGCAAAAAGGCACAAGGAAGUCAUGCAAUGUAACAAAUGUCUCACACAUGAACUUGUUGAUCUGCUUGCCUAAAAAGAUACGUAAGCCCUUUUCUUCAGCUUAAUAAAUGGAUCUGUGCUGUACUCCUCUGCCUGGCCCAUGUACUCUCUUCACUCUCCGAGGCAUUCGGCCAUCUCCGGCCAUUCAGUGCCACAGCCGCUGGUGGCAGGCAGGGGUUCAGUCUUUAAAAUUUGUAUUUCCCAUAGGACCUAGUAUAGUUCUUUGCACAUUGGUGUUUUCUGAAUGAUUACUAAAUGUAUGAUUUCAGUCCUUCCUAGAAAAGCUCCUCUCACUUGUACCACAGAUCCCUUCUCCCUUAAUCUUGUUAUAUGUAUAUUUCACGUUUGUUUUUUAGUUACUUGCACAAUUUUCCAUCAUCAUAACUCUUUUAUACUCACUGGACGGUACUUGUCAAGAUGGCAGAGUGAGAGGAAGCAAAACAGUCCAUCUCACUACUCUAGCAAGGAUGGGAAAAGAGAAUGAGAAACUACAGUAAGUCACACUGCCAGCACAAGUCCACAUAAAUACCUGGAAGCCAGUGGGUACUGGGGAUGAGAUCUAGCCAGGAAAUCUUACGUUGGAGCAUGGUACAUAGGCCUCCAGCAUAUGGACCAGGGUCUAGUGUGCCUGGAUCCUGUAGCUUGUUUUAUUCUGAUCUGUAACUCAGGUCAAAAGCCUGUGGGAUUAGGACUGAGAUGCCAACUAUCAGGGCACAUCCUGGAUCAGAGUACCUCUUCACUAUUCAACCCUGAAUUUCCCAUGUAAACUGCCUGACUGCUUAGAGAGCUGUUCAUGGGGUCCUUGAAGAAUUUGGCAGAUUGCCCAGACAAUACAGAUCAGUACCAAAGAAGGCCUCAAAUUCUUUUCAGAAGUGCAGAGCUUAUCCCUGACUCAAAAGGCUCAAUUCAGGAAGUAAGGCCAGAAAAAUGAGCAAAGAUAAGAAAACAACAAUAAUAUUACGGAGCCAUAGACAUAAACCCAGAAAAAAAAGGAACUCAUGUAUAAGCAAAGUCUUAACAUCACAAGUUUGCCAAAAGCUCUAAUGGAGUUCCUGGAAGAAAAGUUUUAAAAUGAUAAUAUAAAUGCAAUGUGAGUUCUAGAGAAAGAAUUGGAAGGAUAAAUAAAUGGCCUGGUAUAAGAGGUACAAAGCAUACUCAAGUGAGAGACUUUAAAAAAUACACCCAAAAGGCAACAGUAAAAACAAUAUAUUUUUAAAUCCAGAAAAUGUAAGGUAUAACCUAACAAAAAACAUUGACCUGGAAUAUAUAGGUCAAGGGGAGAUAUCUUGUAAGAGUCAUCUGGCUACCUAAAAACCUAAAUGACAAAAAAAAAGUUCUAGAUAUAUUUCAAGAAAACAUGAAUGAAGACUGCCUAUAAUUAUUAGAACCAAUGGGCAAAAUGAAAAUAGAAUGCACCAACCACCUGAAACCCCAAAAUGAAAACACCCAGGAAUGUCAUAACCAAAAUCUAAGACUUGAAGAUUAAAGAAAAACUAAAGGCAUUCAGAAGAGUUUAAAUACUAAGGAGCCUCAAUCGAUUUUUAAAAAAAGGUAUCUUCUUAAUUCUCAUUCUGAAAUGUGGGAUUUUUUUUAUUUGUUAGCUAAACUCAGUAAAAUCUCUAUCCUUUUUACAAAAGUUCCAAGACGAAGGGAUUCUUUGCUUAGCACUGUCUACAUAAUUGUAGUUAGGUGAUCUCUAAAUGUUUUGGCCAUGUUCAAAUUGCAAAUAAAUGCUGGUUGUUGGGGGCUUUUUUUAACACAAGAAACACCUUCACCAUGCAGGUGACCCCUGAGCCUCAGAGGAGUUGUUAUUGUCGUCCCCACUUAGAGACCCCCAAAUAUGUUGUACAUUAAACCUUCCUUAUAAUAAAAUUGGUUCCCCAUAAAACCAUACCCUCUAGGUACAAGAAAGAGCUAUCUGGGUACUCUGAUUUCAUUCAUUUGCACCAUGAUUAAAGUUUGCCUUUUCUUAACCUUCAGAUUUGUAUGGGGUUUUGACUUUGCAUUUCUCUGCUGCUACCACUUAACUGACUUGAUAAUUUGAGUAAUGAGAAUAUAUUAUAUUAAAAGAUUAUAAAAUGUAAUCUUUUAUUCUAGAAAAGGCUGU